CCAGCUCUAACCCAGGCUGAGAGUAGCUGCCGUUUCUGAGAGGACGAUUCGUGAGGAGGCCCUUGGCGCGGUUUUCCUUUCCUCUCCCUUCUGCGGGCCCUGGCCGUACUUCGCUGUGCCUAGAGCGUGGUGUGUUUUCGUCUACCUGCCUGAUUUUCUGCAGAAGGUGCCUUUCGUUGGCCCAAUAGUUCCUUGUCGAAAGUGCCGGCCCCCGCGCCGGCACCGGCCGUAGCCCGGUGGGAAGGCUCAAGAUGGCGUGCCUGUUGGAGACCCCAAUCCGCAUGAGCGUCCUCUCGGAAGUAACAGCUAGCAGUCGCCACUAUGUUGACAGGCUAUUUGACCCUGAUCCCCAGAAAGUUCUACAAGGUGUCAUAGACAUGAAAAAUGCUGUAAUUGGAAACAACAAGCAGAAAGCCAAUCUCAUUGUUUUAGGAGCUGUUCCAAGAUUGUUGUACUUGCUUCAGCAAGAAACCUCAAGUAUAGAGCUGAAAACUGAAUGUGCAGUGGUAUUGGGAAGUCUUGCUAUGGGUACUGAAAACAAUGUCAAGUCUCUUCUAGAUUGCCAUAUUAUCCCUGCCUUACUGCAAGGACUACUAUCUCCAGACCUGAAGUUCAUCGAAGCUUGUCUCCGAUGCCUGCGCACCAUCUUCACCAGUCCCGUCACUCCAGAGGAGCUACUGUAUACAGAUGCCACAGUGAUACCACACCUCAUGGCACUACUUAGCAGGUCCCGCUACACCCAGGAGUACAUCUGUCAGAUCUUCUCACACUGCUGUAAAGGUCCAGAUCAUCAAACAAUUUUAUUUAACCAUGGUGCAGUUCAGAAUAUUGCUCACCUACUAACCUCAGUAUCUUACAAAGUUCGAAUGCAAGCACUGAAAUGCUUCUCAGUUUUAGCUUUUGAAAACCCCCAGGUAUCGAUGACCCUGGUAAAUGUUUUGGUUGAUGGAGAAUUGUUACCACAAAUUUUUGUGAAGAUGUUACAGAGGGAUAAGCCUAUUGAGAUGCAGCUGACGUCAGCAAAAUGUUUAACUUACAUGUGUAGAGCUGGAGCAAUUCGGACAGAUGACAACUGUAUUGUAUUAAAGACACUGCCUUGUUUGGUUCGAAUGUGCAGUAAGGAGAGAUUACUAGAGGAGAGAGUUGAAGGAGCUGAGACACUCGCCUACCUGAUUGAACCAGAUGUUGAGCUACAGAGAAUCGCUAGCAUAACUGAUCACCUCAUUGCCAUGCUUGCUGAUUAUUUCAAGUAUCCCAGCUCAGUGAGUGCCAUCACUGAUAUUAAAAGGCUUGAUCAUGACUUAAAACACGCUCAUGAACUCCGUCAGGCUGCGUUCAAGCUCUAUGCCUCUCUAGGAGCAAAUGAUGAAGACAUCCGGAAGAAGGUGAGUCUGGGAGAGGGGCGUCCCCCAGUCCUGACAGCCAGCAGGCAGGGAGUGACGUCAACCUGAAAGUCGUGGUGAAGAGCACUAACAGUGACUGUUUGAAUAUAAUAAAGCAGAAUGACUAAAGGCAUAAUUGAAGAAUGAAUGGGACCCGGAUUUGGGGGUUGUUUGUUUUUAGAACAUAGAGUGGCAUGGCCGUGCUGGAAUGACAAAUAACUGGCGUGCUUUUUUCUGUCAUUAAUAUGAAUUAUUAUGUUGCACAUUUUUGCAUGUGUUCUGAUAAAAUCAAUUCUAGCACUGUGAAGCUUCAGACACCUUGAAAGAUCUAACACUAGAAUUGUAAAUGUUAUUUAUGGAAAAACUUUCCAAUGCCAUUGAGAAAUUCAAAUCUUUAUUGUAUAUUGUUCUUUGAUAUGUGGCUUAGUUAUGUUUUGAUUUUUUUUUUUUUUUUUUUUGCUACUGUGCAAGUUUGAUGUGAAUAAAAUCUUUGUGGAAUAAUGAUUUUAUGUUUAGUGAGUGGUCAUCUGAAUUUUCCAGUUCCCAAAAAAUGUAUCACUGGUCUAGCACCUUAUGUUACUACAGCCUAGUCUAACACUGAACUCAUGUUCUUUAUAGAAUAGUUCUAAGCAGGGACUAAAGUAGAGUGUUAAGCUCUGACCUGGCUGCCUCCACAAACCAAAAGGCUGGAGCUUACCACUCAAAAAAAUACAUCAUCUAAUAAAUUUUACACAUGGCUUUUAGGAACAUCAGUAAAUUAAUCCACGUGUUCUGUCUCGAUGAAUUAUAGCAGAAAGAGCAAAUUGGCAUUAUUUAUUGAAACAUGGUGAUUUAUUAUAUCUCCUAUCUAUAGCCCUCUGAGGAAAACCAAAAAGUAUUGGUAAUUUACCAUGAUUCAGAGAAGUACUUUGGGCUUGUAGAGAGAGAGAGAGAGAGAAGUAUGGGGAAAACUGUAGGUUUAUUGAAAUAAAUUGAAAAGGAACCAUUAUUGGAGAAAAUUGAAAUAAUAGUAGAGAGAUUAGAUAUGUGAGUAGCUUUGAUUUAAAAAUCAGUGCAAAAAACACAACUAAACUAAACGUUUUCCAUGUACCUCAGUUUAGUUCAGUUAACAGGAUGUUUUUGACUUGAAGUGUUUAGUAAAUAUCUAUGAAAAUCCUUUUUGACACUUCUAAGCUUUCAUUUGUGAUCUGUUACUUCAAGGCAAACGUACUAAUGAUCUGAUAUUCCCUAUGUGUAAGCAUGAUUUAUGGAUGUUGAUACUGAUAUGUUUCAUUCAGUUUAGGUACAUGGUGUAUUGCAAGGGAAGAGGCUUUUAUGGCAACUCAUAUAGAUAAAACAUUUUUUAAAAAAUUGACAUGGACUGUAUAACUUAAAUACAUAAUGAUUUGGUUUUGGAUGGUUAUUAGGACCAUUGGAAAGAGAAGUAUUUUACCUGUUCUUUUAGCUCAAGAAGGCUGUGCCAUGGACUGAAAGGGAGAUAGAUAGAUGGACCAUAAUGGGGGGGAAAUAGGAUGUCCAUUUGUACUUCUUUGUACUUUUUUGUUAAUAAACUAUUGUUUUGGAAUUAAUGACUUAAUUUGUGAUAUCAUGUUCUAGAAAUACUUGCAACAUAAUAGUCCGAUCAGUAGUCUAUUAAAACUUGUAUUCAUAAUGUGUAUAAUUUCCUGGUAAGGCUAAAUCCUGAUAAUUUCUGUAGAAAGAUGCCAAAUAAAGAAUAAGUUAUAAUUAUU